AUGACGUCUCGUAAGAGAAGUAGUGUCAAGCGCAUGCCUGCUUCACAGGAAGCCUUGGAUGCCUUCGUAACGGCCCAGUUUCUGGACAAUGGUAUGGACGUGAUUGCGAACAAGAUCAACGUGCUGCGUGAGAAGUUGCUGCGGUCUGGGAGUAGCGAGGGUGAUGCUGAGACUAAGAAAAAGUGGGCCCGUCAGCUCCAACACUGGCUCGCAUUGGCUUGCCGUCUACUGGCCAAACAGCGACGGCAACUGAACCACUGUAUCGAGCGUGUAGAGAGAAACUAUAGUCGUGGGGAGAUCGGCAUUGGAUCCGUCAAGCAGAAGGAGGCAGAGGCAAAGGAAGACGCAAACCUCUACAGUCGCACGUAUGCCCGUCCUCGAGCUGGGAGCUCAUCGACCGCCGCCGCAGCCCCGGAGAGCGAUAGCUACAAGGGUAAUAUGGUCCCGAGCAAGGAGGACAUUCUAGCUGUAGGCUGCCACGUCGCAGCUAAAGUUGCACGCAGCCACGAAUUGUGGAUCAUGGCUCGGGUGGUGAAAUUUAAUGCUGACACUAACACUUACGAGGUGGAGGACGUCGACGCUGGCGACGACGACGAAGAUGAUGUCGAUGCUCCGAGAAGACACUACAUCGUGCCAUGGCAGCAAGUUGUCGAGCUACCUGGCGACUCGUUGCCGGAAGGAGAGUGGAUUCAGUACGCUGUGAACGAGCGCGUGAUGGCCAUGUACCCCAACACAACAAGCUUUUUUCGCAGCACCAUCCGCGUGCCGAACCCGAAGGGCGCUCCUUACGUAAUUCUCAAGUUCGAUGAGGAUGAAGACGAGCACGGCUUCGUGCCGGACCGAAAAGUUCCGUUCCGCUUCGUGGCUCCGCUCAAACCGUGGCAUCAAAAGUUUAACAACCCGCCGUCGCCUUAA